CGUUGUAGUUGAUGAGCCGCUGCCGGCUGGUGUCCCCUUGCUGCGGCCUGCACGGUUUGACCUGGCUGCUGUCCCCGGGACUGUGUGACAUGGGAGGCAGCGGCAGCACCAGGAGGGUCUCCUUCGAGGCGGACGAGAACGAUAACAUCACGGUGGUGAAAGGGAUCCGGCUGUCUGACAAUGUUAUCAAUCGUAUGAGAGAACCAGCUUCUCCUUCCUCCAGACCACAGCCACCUCCAGCACAGCCAAAGCUUCCCACUGAGCAGCCCAUCUCUAGUAGUUAUGCAGUUAAUGAAGAAGAGCUUAGGAGGAAAAUUGCUGAGGAACUGGCUUUCGAGCAAGCAAGGAGAGAAUCCGAGAAUCAAAGACUAGAACACAGUAAACUGUUGAUGCAGGAUGAAAUCGGAAAAUCUCUGGAGAGGGAACGAGCGUCCUCUACUGAACAGCUUACAAGGGCAGUACUCCGUGAGAAAGCUACCACUGAGGGGGAACGGCUGAAAGCAAGAAGUUUUGCUAAGAAGCUGGAAGAAAAGGAAAGAGAGCUCAAAAGGCAGGAUGAAUAUUAUAAGGAGCAGCUGGCCAGACUGGAAGAGAGAAGUGCUCAGUUUUAUAAAGUCACCACUGAACAGUACCGGUCAGCUGCAAAUACUGUGGAGGCAAGAUUUAAGAGAUAUGAGUCACACCCAGUAUGUGCUGACCUGCAGACACAAAUUCUCCAGUGCUACCAGCAGAACCCACAACAGACCCUGAGCUGCUCUACUUUGGCGAGACAAUACCUGCAGUGCGUCACCAGCGCCAAACAGAGCAUGCUUGGAAGAGGUGGGUAGAGCCUCAGCAUUUCAACUUACUCCAACUGCAGUUUGUGCUGGAAGAGCAUCAGAAUGCUGUCUAAGAUGAAGAGUAGACGCGUCCCACCCACCACCGUACAUAUUCUCUGCCUCGGAACACUGUUCUUUUCUAUCAUUUUCCCAAACCACCGUUUAAAAAAAAAUAAAAAAAAGUAUGAUCGAGCAAGUUAACAUUGGUUCACCUCUUUAUUUAAAUUGUUUUUCUGAUGCCUCUUUUAUUUCAUAAAUUGCAGCUAUAUUAUCACCACUUGUUUUACUGGACACUCGCCUGUUGACAUCUCAUCUGUGAUUUAUGUCCAGAUUCCUAAUAAAGUAUAUAUAUUUUCCAAGUUA